CAGGGAAGUGUUGCACAGAUCCCGGAAGUGCCGCACAGAGCAGGAACUCAGUCUGAGGUUGUUGUUGUUUUUGCUCCGCGGCUUCUUGGCGACGCACUGACUGUCCCGCGGACCUGAUGUCUCUCAGUUGAGGACAGACUGUCCCUCGCUCCCGGGUCUUUGUAACUCAGUGGAUUAAAAAUGGCGUCAGCGACUUUAAUGUCUUUCCUGCUCGGCUGCGUCACUUUGAACUACGCAGCCGAAUCCUACAGGAAACCGAACAUAGUUCUGAUCCUCACGGAUGACCUGGACGUCGCCAUCGGGGGUUUGACUCCACUCAGCAAGACGAGGAAGCUGAUCGGAGACGCAGGGAUCUCCUUCUCUAACGCAUUCGUGGCCAGCCCGCUGUGCUGCCCGAGCCGAGCCAGCAUCCUGACGGGCAAAUACCCGCACAACCACCACGUGAUCAACAACACGCUGGAGGGGAACUGCAGCAGCGCCGUGUGGCAGAAGAGCGAGGAGGGGCAGACCUUCCCCGCCCUGCUGAAGAGCUACGCCGGGUAUCAAACCUUCUUCGCUGGGAAAUACCUCAACCAGUAUGGGCACCCGGAGGCCGGUGGGGUUGAGCACGUUCCUCCAGGCUGGAGCUACUGGGUCGGACUGGAGAAAAACUCUAAAUAUUACAACUACACACUGUCGGUGAACGGGAAGGCUCAGAAACACGGAGCGGACUACAGCAAAGACUACCUGACCGACGUACUGGCCAACAUGUCUCUGGACUUCCUCCAGUAUAAAUCAAACUACCAGCCGUUCUUCAUGAUGGUUUCCACGCCGGCCCCCCACUCUCCCUGGACCGCGGCCCCUCAGUACCAGAGCAGCUUCAACACCACCAAGGCUCCCAGGGACCCCAACUUCAACGUCCACGGGAAGGACAAACACUGGCUGAUCCGACAAGCUAAGACCCCCAUGUCCAACUCCUCGGUUCAGUUCCUGGACGAUGCCUUCAGGAAACGGUGGCGAACUCUGCUCUCAGUGGACGACCUGGUGGAGAAAAUAGUGAAGAGGUUGGAGGUCAGAGGUGAACUGGACAACACCUACAUCUUCUUCACCUCGGACAACGGGUAUCACACGGGUCAGUUUUCUCUUCCUCUGGACAAGAGGCAGCUCUACGAGUUCGACAUCAAGGUUCCUCUCAUGGUCCGAGGACCGAACAUCAAACCCAACCAGACCACACAGAUGUCGGUGGCGAACGUUGACCUGGGUCCGACCAUCCUGGACAUCGCCGGCUACAACGUCAACAAGACGCAGAUGGACGGCAUGUCCUUCCUGUCCGUCUUGGAGGGGACGGUGAACAGCAGCAGCUGGAGGACAGACGUCCUGGUGGAGUACGAGGGCGAAGGAAGCAACGUGACCGACCCCUCCUGCCCCCUGCUGGGCCCCGGGGUGUCGGAGUGUUUUCCAGACUGUGUGUGUGAGGACUCCUUCAACAACACCUACGCCUGCGUGCGAACUGUCGCCCCCUCUGCCAACCUGCAGUACUGCGAGUUUGAUGACAACCAGGUGUUUGUUGAAGUCUACAACGUCACCGCUGACCCGUACCAGCUGACCAACAUCGCAGAUUCCAUUGGUCAGGACUUCCUGGAGAAGAUGAACCACCGGCUGAUGAUGCUGCAGUCCUGCUCCGGGCCGACGUGUCGGACGCCCGGCGUGUACGAUCCCAGGUAUAAAUUCGACCCCCGACAGAUGUUCACCAGUCCCAGCCGGAGGCUCAACAGACUGAGGCAGAGGAUGAAGUGAGACGGAGGAGGAAGGAGGACUUGUUCGUGGUGAUCGGCCUUGUGACCUGGUUUUUCGGGGCCUCCUGAGCCGGUUGCUGUUAAAGAACGACGUGAAGGGAUCCUACAGUCUGGUAACCGGCGGGCGGCCAUGAUGACAGGGAGCCUGUGGGGGCAGGAGCCACUUUGAUUGGGCUCCUGGUCAGUGAGUCUGUCAGUAGUUGUGCAGAAAGGCCACAUUUCUAUUAGACAGAUUUAAUUUGACUUCUUAACCCACGUUUCCCUUCUCUGUUGAGAUUGUUGAUAUUUUACAGGUCAUGUUUUUUCUUGUGAAACUUUGUUUUUAAUUUAGCAGUGAAUUACAAAAAGUUCCUGAGAGAAUCUCCUGGGUUUGAUUCAAAUUCACUGGGGAUUAAAUUGUUUUUAAAGAGGAAAUUAAACAGGAGGUAAAUGACAACAACUUUUAAAGUUUAACUAAUGAGUCUUGUGAUCAAAUAGUAUUAUUAAUUAUCUUGUUAUCUCAAGAUAAUUCUCGUAUCUCGAGAUAUGAUUUGUUUGUUAUUUCAGUAUCAACCAGCUCAGCACUUUCUUGGAACUAAAAGCUAAAUACCAGUAAUUUGUUUUGUAAAGUUUCGAAGGAAUCGUCUGGAAAGUACAGAUCCAAUAAACUGAGGAAAAGUCCCAAUUAGUGCAAAACUAAACUAAAUGUGCCUCCUGCAGAAAAUGUAACUUCAUCAACAGGUGGUCCAACAAAAAAGUGCCUAGAAAGAGACGCAGGUUGAAAUCCUACAUUAUAUAAAUUUAACAAACACUGAAGAAGGAAACUUGAUCUCAAUCAGGAAUCAAUGACGAGAGCAAAUUAAAGAUCUCAACUGUCAACGUUAGAUUUUUGGGAGUUAAGUUAAAAAUCUCAUUUCAUGGGUCAUGACUGAAGCUGAGGAGAGAGAGAAUCUCAUUUAAUCAUAUUCAUCAUUUCAAUGUAUUUUUCUAAACUGUGAAAAGAGUCAAGUUCAUGAAUCAAACUUUGCAUUAACAGUCGUCACUUUUAAAUAUUUGUCUUUUCAAACCGUCGUUCUGUGUUUUUAGUUCGUCCGCCUGCUCACGUUUUACAUUUCAUACCGAAGCUUAUUAAUCCACAUCGUCACCUUUAAUGGACAGAAAUCCAUGAUAUUAGGUUUUUAAUAUUAUACAACAACUGCAAUAGUUUGAAGAAGUACUACACAAGUUCACAGGAUAAUAAUAAUUCACCCUUAUUGGAUGAGCGAAGGAAGAAGAAAGUGUUAAAUUUCCUAAUCGUUGAACUUCAAGCUGCCUUGAGACGUUAAUUUGUGACGAUAUGAUUUUUAAAAAAACGGUCGAAUCUCUGCCGGGUUUUUAAACAUCCAACCAAAGAUCAAAUUUGAGACUCGAGGGAAAAGUGACGUCGUCUCUGUCGAGUUAUGUGUGCUUGUGACAUUUAUUGUGAAAAUCGGAAUCUUUUUUUGUGUGUGUGUUACCUUUGUGAAUUGUGUUGCUGCUGCUGUUGUUGUUUUCAUGCCUGGAUCCUACAGCUCCUCUUUGCUCUGGACUGAAAUAUUAAAAUAUCACAACACAGAGAUUAAAGUCCUGAAUCCACAGAACUGAACAUUCUCACUCAGAUUCAUUUUCCACGUUGUUUCACUUCACUGAUGCACUUUCCAAUCUGUCGGGACAGUUGUUUGUUUUGGCAACAUUUAGUUUUAUUUUACUGUAGUUGAUGAAGAUGAAGAUGUAUUUGUCCAAAUAAAGAAUUUCUCAAUAUCACACAA